AUGAACGGCGCAAUUGACCAGAAAUGCAUCAACGAAAUUCGUGUGUUGUCGGCGGAGCUGCCGCUGAAAGCCAACAGUGGGCACCAGGGAGCGCCCAUCGGGUGUGCGCCCAUAGCACACAUUUUGUGGGCCUACGUAAUGAACUACUACAAUGAGGACACGAACUGGAUGAACCGGGAUAGGUUUAUCCUCUCGAACGGACACGCCAGUGCACUCUUGUACACCAUGUUGUAUUUGACCAAGCAAGGACUAACCAUGGAAGAUUUGAAGAACUUCAGGCAGUUAGAAAGUCUAACCCCAGGUCACCCAGAGAAACACAUCACCAAAGGAGUGGAAGUAACAACGGGGCCACUGGGACAAGGAGCAUCAAACGCAGUUGGGAUGGCCAUUUGUGCACAUAACUUAGCUGAAAAAUACAACACAAAGGAAUUUCCCAUUUUUAAUAAUUAUAUAUAUGCCAUAUGUGGUGAUGGCUGCAUGCAAGAGGGAGUAUUUUGUGAAGCCGCUUCCCUUGCUGGACACCUCGGAUUAGGAAGAUUAAUCCUUUUAUAUGAUGAUAAUAAAAUAACCAUUGAUGGAAACACGCAGUUAUCCUUCACAGAAAAUAUAGAAAAGAAAUUUGAAGCUUUAAAUUGGGAAGUGAGAAAAGUACCCAAUGGGAAUACAGACUUUGAAGGUAUAUUGAAACAAAUUGAGGAAGCGAAAAAAAAUACCAAGCAGCCUUCAUUAAUUAUUGUACAAACAUCUUGUGGGUAUGGGACGAAGGUGGAAGGGACAUGUAAAUCUCAUGGAUUAGCAUUGAAGGCAGAUGAUUUAAAGAAAACGAAAGAAUUUUUUGGUUUAGACCCAGAAAAGGAAUUUCACAUUUCAGAAGAUGUAAAAAAGUUUUAUGAAAAUAUUAUACAGAAAAAAAAAGAAAAUUAUCUCCAGUGGAAAAAAAUGUUUUCAGAUUUUACAGUCAAGUACCCAGAAAAGGCACAAGAAAUUAUUAGGAGAUUUUCCCAAGAGCUUCCUCACAAUUGGGUCGAAGUUUUACCCAAGUAUACCCCUUCGGAUGUACCUGCGGCCACUAGAAAUUUAUCAGGGGUUGUUUUAAACUGUGUUAAUAAGAUUUUACCCGAGUUGAUAGGUGGAAGUGCAGACUUGACAGAGUCUAAUUGCACGGCUUUAAAGGAAGAAAAAGACAUCACCAAAGAUUCUUUUGCAAAUAAAUACAUACGAUAUGGAGUAAGGGAACAUGGGAUGGUGGCCAUCACUAAUGGGAUAUAUGCUUAUGGGGGAUUCGAACCCUUUUGUGCAACUUUUCUGAAUUUCUAUACCUACGCAUUUGGUGCUUUAAGAUUAGCCGCAUUAUCCCAAUAUCACAUUUUUUGUAUAGCGACCCAUGACUCAGUCGAAUUGGGGGAAGAUGGACCGACACAUCAACCUAUUGAAGUGUUGUCCUUACUUAGAGCUACUCCCAAUUUGAAUGUAAUUAGGCCAGCAGACGGGAAUGAAGUAUCAGGUGCUUAUUUGUGCCACUUUAAAAAUCUGAAAACUCCUACCGUUGUUGCCCUGUGCAGAAAUAAAGUGCCUCACUUGAAGGGCACCUCAGCAGAACAGGUCCUAAAAGGGGCCUACAUUUUGGAAGAUUUUGACAACUCGAAUGAUAAGCAGAAGGUCAUUUUGGCUGGAUGCGGUUCGGAGUUGCAUCUCUGCUUCGAUGCAAAAAAUAUUCUAACCAAGGAGCAUAAUUUAAAUGUUCGCAUUGUAAGUUUCCCAUCAUGGAAUUUAUUCAAACAGCAGUCGCAGGAAUACCAACAAUCUGUGUUAAUGCACCACGACCCCAAGGUUGUUAGAUUUUACAUAGAGCCUGCUUCUACCCACGGGUUCGACACAUACUUCAAUGUCUACCUGGGCAUCAACCAGUUUGGCUACUCGGCCCCGAAGAACAAAAUAUGGGAACACCUGGGCUUCACGCCGGAGAAUAUCGUUUUGAAGGUGUUGGCCUUUAUAAAGGCGCACGUGCACCCAUAG